AAAAUAAACAGGACUACAGUGUGUUGGGACAUUCGACAGCUGGGUUUCAGUUGUAGCACACACGAAGUGGAAAUCAAGAACAUUUUCACUUCCUGUAUGAUCCACUGCCACGAAGUUUAUAAUUGUGUCAAUAUUUCAAAACGACUGAAAGAACACCAGUCCGAUGGCGUCACAAGCAACAGGUUUGGCUGACGUUUGCGUUGUGUGCCUCCAGUCAAGACCACUGAAGUUAGUAGGUAAAUGCAAGCAUAGAUUCUGUUCUAAGUGCUUGUUCGACAUCAUUGAGGGCAAGGAAGGUGAUGUUUUUGCCUGUCCAACGUGCAAGGUCGACUGUCUUUGUCCAACAGAUGGUCUAGAGGGGCUGGUCGACUUCACAGGUGGGGAUGAGGCAGCAGAAGAUGCUGGUGUGGAGGAAGGAAGAAGGGGUGGAGUGAAAGACCUUGGGGUGGUACCAGGAGUACCUGAUAGGGAAACGACACAAGAGCCAGGAACUGAGUGUGCUGAUACCAUGUUGGAUGUAAGAUGUAAGAUUUGUCAUCAAAGAAAGAAGGAAGUCCAAGCAGUCAAUCUCUGCGUUGAAUGCGGCCAUCUUUAUAUUUGCAACACAUGCACAGACGUGCAUUCACGAAACAAGGUAACUCGGGAACAUGUUGUGGUACAUUUAAGGAUUGAGAAAAUCGAAAAGAAAGACAUAUGCAAACCGCAUGACUCGUUGUUGAAUAGUUAUUGCCAGGACUGCAAAAAACCAGUAUGUAUGGUGUGUGUUAUGUGGGAGCAUGGGGAACACAGCGUGGAAAAGUUGGGGGACUUUGUUGAUGGAAAAGUUGCGGCACUGAAUCAAGUUCUGGAGAGGAGGGCAAAACGAUUGAGAGAACUACAGCAUCAGAUGUACAAGUUGAUGGCAUUGAAAGGGGAGGCAGCCCUGUUAGAUAAGGAGGAUAUGUUGGUAAAGGAAAUUGAAGACCACGCUGAAAAGUGUAUUGCAGGGAUAGUGAAAUGGAAGGAUGAUUUGAAAAAUCAGGUCAAGGCAAACCACAAGGUGAUCAGGGAUCUACCAGAAGAUUUGGAGAAAGUCCAGAAGGCAGUUGAACAGUUGCAGAGGCCCAUUGAGAGAGCUGUUGAGUUGCUGGGAAAGAAAGAGCAUCACCUGCUGUACCUUGACAAGCUGCUAAUGAUGCAGCAGGAGGUGGCUGCGGUUGCAGACGUUGGGAAUGACAUCAAAGACACAGGACACUGGAGUCAAAUUCUUGAGUUACAUGAUUACGACUAUGACUUUAUUCCUGGAGAAUUGCCCAGUGAUCUUGGCGGGAUCAGCAAAACAGUUGUCGCAUGGGGACAACCUGUAUAAGUUUAGUUUUUUGGGACAC